AUGGAGACACCGAGUGUCCGUGUGCUGGUCGUUGGCGAUUCGGGCGUGGGCAAGACAACGCUCUUGCGAGCCCUCUGCCGCUCGCAGUCGCCCGGUCAUUCCAGCGCUCUUGAGAAGCCCCCGACUGGGUGGACCACUGGAUGUGACGUCCACGUGCUGCUCCAGGCAUUGGGACCCGACGGUCGCGAGGUUUUUGUGGAGUUCCUCGACGUGGGCGGGCACCGACAAUACGAACGCAGUCGCCGCGCGUUCUACGUGGACGUCCACGGCGUCAUGUUUGUCCACGACCUGAGCAACGUCAAGAGCGGCGACCGCCUUUGCCACUGGAGCAGGGAGUUGCGCACGGUCCAACGACUGAAAGGCUGCGUCGUGCCGUUGCCGAGCGGUCACGGCAAGCAGCAGGACGCGUCGACGUUGCACGAGUUGCCGAAACUCGUGGUGGGUAGUAAGCGAGACUUGGUGACGGCAACGAGCGGGGCGAGAACGAAGGGGCCAAUGGCGGUUGCCGACUUUCGCACCGCUUUGUGCAUGGAAUCGAGUGCGAAGGAGCGUUUGAGUGUGGAGCCAAGUGCGGUCUUUGCUACGUUUCUACGACGCGCACUGGCAUUUGCCAAUCGAAAACACGGUGACUCGAGUCUCCGGAGCUGCGACAACAGCAGCAGUUUCGGGCUUCGGCAACUAGUUAGCCGCAGUCCCACCGACGAGGAGGACAAGAGAUUGAAGAGUGGGAACGCGUCCAGUAGUGCGGCACAAGUGCCGCCGCUAUUGUCCAGUGAGUCCCACUCGAAUUGGUGGUAG